UGACGCACGCAUGCGCAAGGAGCAGAUCCGCCGACGAAGAGUCGAUCUUAGAGGUUUUACUCUGAAGAAAUCGUAAAACGAUAAAGAAAUCAAACGGUCUCAAAAAGUACACUUUUAUUUCCAUCCCCGGGCCACAGGGGGGAGAAAGGCGCUGAUGCUGAAACAGGAAGCACAGGUUUUAAAUGGCUUUGUUUUCUUCCCUUCCCCCUCAAAUCAGCUAAAAGUCAUAAUAAAAUCCUCCAAAACUACGCCAAAAUCAUCCACUCACAGCUCUGCGCGAUGUUUGACAGGGGUUCUUCUCAGUUGCCCCCAGACUCUGGACAUGUUCCUCAGUUUCCGUCAUCGUCUCACUACAGAGAUCCAAACAACCCACACCAUGCAGAAUUUUACAGAGAAGACACACAAUUCUACCAAAACUAUCACCAAAACUAUCACCAAAACCAUCACCAAAACAUCUCCCAAAAUUACUCCCAUAACCAGGGAUCACCAUACCAACCAAACAGACAAACUCAUUCGCAAUAUUUCCAACAAUAUUCAAAUUCACAGCCUCAGAAUGCUCAGAAUCUGCACCAAAAUGGCGAGUAUACAUGUAUAACAAUUACCAUCAAGUGCAAAAUGGAGAACAGUUUUACAUGGACAUGCAACAGAGUGAAAGAUUUGACCAGCAACACAUGAAAGCAGAAUAUGAAGAUUCUACGCCGAAAGGUCCAACUACUGCUCCAGUCUCUGCAGAGAAGAAAAAACGUGGUCGCCCAAGUAAAAAAACAUCAGAUUCUGCUGAGAUUUCAGAUGAACAGGAAGAGCGGAAGAAGAAGAGAAAUCUGAACCGAUUCGACGGUUUGUCUGUGGAGGAAGUGAUGUCACGCACGCUGCCUGAUGUUAUCCAGGAGAAUCUAGACAUUCUUAUCAUUGGGAUUAACCCUGGAUUAUUGUCGGCGUAUAAAGGACACCAUUAUCCCAACCCUGGGAACCACUUCUGGAAGUGUCUGUUCCUGUCCGGACUCUCAGACAAACAGCUGAACUUUCUGGAUGACACGAGUCUGCCUCAAAAGCACGGAAUUGGAUUUACCAACAUGGUGGAGCGGACUACCCCAGGGAGCAAGGACUUGAGCAGUAAGGAGAUCAGAGAGGGUGGCAAACUGCUGUUGGAGAAGCUGCAGAAGUACAGACCGCUCAUCGCAGCAUUCAAUGGCAAAGGCAUAUAUGAGAUUUUCUGUAAAGAGACAUUUGGGGUCAAAGCAAAAAAUCUAGAUUUUGGACUUCAGCCGUACAAGAUCCCGCAAACUGAAACGGUGUGCUUCCUCAUGCCAUCCUCAAGUCCACGAUGUGCUCAGUUUCCCAGAGCUCAGGAUAAAGUUCAUUUUUAUAUUAAACUGAAGGAGCUGAGAGACAGCCUGAAGGGAGCGGUGCAGAAUAGAGAGGUGGAGGAGACGUGCUACACCUUUGACCUGCAGAUGGCCAAAGAGGAUGCAAAACGCUUGGCGAUCAAAGAGGAACAGGAGGAUCCAGAAUAUGAGAGCUGUGCUGGGGUGUCGUCUGAAACCAACACAGAGACAAAACCCUGAGACCGAGAAACAACAGGAACAACAAAAGAACUCAGGGACUGGUGAUGGAAGACAGAAGAGGAAGAUCACUUUUCAGCACUGUUUUUAAACCCUUAUUUAUUUUAUAAUUUAAUGGUGCUAUCACAUGUGCUACUCCGUCAUCUGGGAAUCCACACUGUCUCAAAACACAUCUCAAAAAUGACAAUGCAAGAAGGUCCCUGGUUAGACUCCUGGGUCUUUCUGUGUGGAGUACAGGACUAUAACAGGACCAGCCCCAGUCUACAUUACCUCGGGCCUAAACUAGGAACAAAUCAGGACUGAAGCUGAACUCUGUUUAAACUUCCUGCACACACAAAAAAACACCUGUAGCUUUUGUAUUUAAAAUAAUGUUAAUGUAAUGCUUUUGUAUGACUUAAUUAAGUAAUUAAACAUGUCUUGAUCAAA